UUGGGCUUCUUCUAGUCUUCUCCACCCCCCGGCCCCCGCCUCCGCUUGCCGUCGUGCUGCUCUCGUGGGUUGGUCAACCCCCCCGAGCAUUUCCGCGAGCACCUCGCGCGCGUCGCCGCCCGCGCACAUCACAUGGCCCGCUGCUAGGCGCCCCCGCCCCGGCUGCUGCUGCCGGCGCGCCGAUGAUGCUGCGGUGGCUGCUCCUGGCGCUGGUGGCGUCGGCGGCGGCCGAGGCGCAGCCGCUGGCGUCGCGGCCCGACCUGGCGGGGCUGCGCAGCCUGCGCGCCUCGCUGGGCCUGCGGGCGCGCGACUGGCCGCUCCGGUCGGACCCCUGCGCGGAGUGGGCCGGCGUCGCCUGCCGUGCCGGCCGCGUCGUGGGCGUCACCGUCGCCGGGCUCCGCCGCACGCGCCUCGCCGCCCUCGCGCCGCGCCUCGCGCUCGACGGGCUGCGGAGCCUCGCCGCGCUCGAGACCUUCAACGCCUCCGGGUUCGCGCUCCCGGGGCAGAUCCCCGCGUGGUUCGCCUCCGCCCUCCCGCCGCCGCUCGCCGUGCUCGACCUCACCUCCGCCGCCGUCAAUGGGACGCUCCCCGCCGGACUCGGCGCCUCGGGGAACCUCACGACCGUGCUCCUGGCCGGGAACGCCCUCUCCGGCCCUGUCCCGGCGCCGCUGCUCUCCGUCGGAGGACUUCGCGUUCUCGACCUCUCCCGCAACAACUUCUCCGGCGGGUUGCCCAACGUCUCUGCCGCCGCUGGCGGCGCGGUCGCCGACUCGCUGUUUAACAUUUCCGGGAAUUCUUUGUAUGGCGUGGCCGGCGAUGCCAUUGCGGCGCUCACGAGAAGGUUUCAGGUCGUGGACGUGUCCAGCAACUACUUGGAUGGAGCUUUGAACGGGUCUGACGGGACAGUGCUUGCCACGACGAAUUGCUUCUACGGCGUGCCGGGUCAGCGCAGCCGUGUGGAUUGUGAGGAGUUUUACAGGAAGCAGGGCGCGAGGCUUGCUGAUGCUCCAUCGCCGCCGCCCUCGCCUUUGCCUCUGCCUUUGCCACAGCCGUCACCGCCACCGGAGGGGAAGAAGAAGCAGGGGAUAUCCAAAAAUGUUCUCAUUGGAGUCCUUGUGGCUGCGGGAACAUUGAUGGUUGUGUUUUUGGUUGUAUUGCUGUUCUGUUUGGUGAAGAGGAGAAGCAGAGGAACAAGUGGAGCUAGGGGAGUGGAACCGAAUGAGGAAGGUACUGGUACGCGCUCUGUGCGUAGGAGGGACAGCAGUGUGAAUCCGGUGGCGUCAUCGCCAUCAGCAGUGUCUCCAAGAGCCAAUGGUGGGCCUAAGGAUGUGUCUGGCAUUCCCGGUGAGUUCAGCUAUGAGGAAUUGGUCCAUGCCACUGGGGGUUUCGGGGACGACAAGCUCAUCAAGCACGGGCAUUCAGGAGAUAUUUAUCAUGGUGUAUUGGAGAAUGGCUCCCAUGUCAUUGUUAAGAAGGUCCGUUCAAAUGGUGUCAACAAACAUGCAGGUGAAUUGGACUUCUAUACGAGGUACUCCCAUGACAGGAUUGUUCCGUUACUUGGGUAUUUGAGCAAGGAUGAUGAGGAAUUUCUGGCUUACAAGUAUAUGCCGAAGGGGGACUUGACCAGUGCAUUACACAAGAAUCCUGUAGACACUGCAGAUGGCUUGCCCUCGCUGGAUUGGAUAACUAGGCUGAAGAUUGCAACUGGUGUGGCUGAGGCUAUGUGCUUCCUUCAUGAUGAGUGUAGCCCGCCAUUAGUUCACAGAGAUAUCCAAGCAAGCAGUGUCCUUCUCGAUGAUAAAUACGAAGUGCGACUUGGGAGUAUGAGUGACAUAUGCGUUCAGCAAAGUGGGGGAAGCCAGAAUGUCUUCUCUUGGAUAUUGAGAUCGUCAAAGUCUCUCGACAAGCACACAUCAGGUCCACCGGCCACUUGUUCCUACGACGUGCUCUGCUUCGGCAAGGUGCUGCUGGAGCUGGUGACCGGCAACUUCGGCAUCAGCGGGCCGAACGCCGCCGCCUCCGAGGAGUGGCUGGCGAACACGCUGGGCCAGAUCAACGGCGGCGACAAGGCGAGCAUCACGAGCAUCAUCGACCCGCUGCUGGUCGUGGACGAGGACCACCAGGAGGAGGUGUGGGCGGUGGCGGUCAUCGCCAAGACCUGCCUGAGCGCCAAGCCCUCGCGGCGGCCGUCGGCGCGGCACGUGCUGCGCGCCCUGGAGAGCCCGCUGCGGGUGGUCCGGCAGGGCUCCUCCCGGUGCAACUCGGCGCGGCUGCGGAGCUCGUCGUCGCGGAGCUCGUGGCAGUCCGUGUUCCAGGGGAACAACCACCACCACCGGGCGUAUAGCCUGGACCGGCGGCACUCGGUGCGGUCGCACGGGAGCGGGGGCGGAGGGGAGGGGUCUUUCUCCUUCUCGUUCAAGAGGGCCGCCGUGGCGGCGCCGGAGGUCGCGCCGGAGCUGGCGGCGGCGCUCGACGAGGACGCCGUCCUCGUGUAGCGUUAGUGCGUAGGGUGGGCGCCCCAUUUCUUGGUUCCAUUUUACCGUCAGGCAUUCCUGAUUCUUUUUUUUCUCUCACGUGAUAUCGUCACAUUGCCUUUGUGUAUAAUUUGUUGUUGUCUGAUGCGUUCAUCUGGUGUUCCAACAUGACCAAAAAAAAAUUGUGCAUAGAGAGCAUGUUUCAAAUAUUUUUGGGUGAAUUUUGAACUUGUUUUGAGGAUGUGUUUCUCCUCUUUCUA